CACUUCCGGGGGACUUCCGCGUCGGUUGCUAUGGAAACGGCGUCGUGUACCCGGAGGCAGGAUCUGUGUGGCGUUAAGCGUAGGACCCGUGCUGCUUCCUGAGGGACAUUUGUGCUAAUGAUGGCGGCUCCUGCUCACCCAGAGGACAUGCUGACUCAAGUGACCCAACUCUGGAGUAUGCUGGAUGAGAUGGCAGAAAGCACCCCUGAGAGCUACCACAGAUUCAUUCAGCAGCAGCUGGAGGAUGCAAAGCAAUAUUGCGCUCCCCCUGAACCACAUCUUUGCCUACAGACCCACAUACUGGAUCCUAAUGAAAAAUCAUUGUUCAUUAACCUCUGCAGGUGGAAAAGGGUCCCAGCUCCUAAGUCACUUACUGAUCCAAUACCUCUAAGUGCUGGCCCACUAGAGGAGGUGUCCGAUAAAGCAGAGAUUUACUCCAUCAUAGAUAUUGCAUAUAAUCCGACUAUUCUUCAGCGAGAGGAGAACCAAGCAGAAAUGGAUCACUUGAUCCGUCUGACAUUUAAAUACAUUGAGGAGCAUUACAACCUCUCUCUCUCCCACUCUUACCACAUUGCAACAUUCACACUCAAAGGAAGCCUGAAAAGGAUGAAACAGAGUCUGGGAGGAGGGCCACUACCAGCUCCACUUUUCAACAAGAACAUGAGGAAUGAACUGACACUGGACCAGAUGAAGCACAACCUCAGAGAGGAGGAUCGCAAUAAUGCUACACUGCUGCUGAACAAGGAUGUUACACAGUCUAAAGUGCAUCUGAUAGAAGAGAUUGCCAGUAUGGAGCUGCCAGAGGAGCCAAUCACACCUGCCUAUGAACUGACCUUUGCAAAGGAUGCAAAUGGGAAACCUCUAAAGAUUGAACUGAAAGUUGAAUUGCCUAAAGUUAGUUCCGUUUCUGAAUGUGAACUGAGCAUUUCAAGGGAUGAUGUAAUCGUUGAAGUCCCUGAAAAAUACAGAUUACAGCUGGAUUUGCCAGAAUUGGUCGAUGAAGAAGCAACUACAGCAACAUUUAACAAAGGGAAAGGUGUGUUGCUUAUCAUAAUGCCAAUUUCCUAAAGAAAAUGUUAGGGACAGCAGGUUCUCACAGAGUUAGUGGGUAUGUGUCACUCUUAAAGAUUAAAAGGAAGGUUUAUGGUAAAGAUCUUACCAAUAUGUAGAAAUCAGUAUCACUGUGUUAUUCUAAGUAUCUGUUUUGCUGUCUGUGCACACACAAUUUCUUUUAGAGAACAGAGGGUGAUGAAGUUUACAUAGAGAGGAAGUGUACAGUAUAUAGAGUAGGAAGGAAUUCUUAAUACAAGUUGUAAACAUUUAAGGGUUACUUAGAUCAUUUUAUCUCUAACACGAGUCUACAUUAUAAACUUUACUACCAUGUCCAGUUUGUCAAUCAGUAGACCAA